AUGGUAACCAGAAGCAAGCUUGGUGUACAUAAGCCAAACACAAAAUAUGCAUUACAUGUUUCAAUUGGCACUGAAAUUGAACCAACCUGUUUCAGCCAUGCAGCUUCAAAACAAGAGUGGAGGGAAGCAAUGGGAGCAGAAUUUAAUGCUCUACGACGUAAUGGGACAUGGUCCUUGGUUCCUGCUAAGCCGGGUAUGAAUGUUUUGCCUUGCAAGUGGGUAUUUAAAAUUAAAAAGAGGGUAGAUGGAUCUAUUGAGCGAUAUAAGGCGUGUCUUGUAGCAAAUGGAUUUCAUCAACAAGAGGGUAUUGACUACACUGAGACAUUCAUUCAGUCCUUGUUAGAAUAUAAGAUCCUCGAAAGGGCCAUUCUCUAA